GGAAUUCCGAGUUCGCCACUUCAGCAGCGCCUGCAAUUUGCAAACACAUGCUGUCCCACUUGCUCUGGACAGCAGCUCAGCGCGCACAGGGGCCAAUGCUGCUUUGUGUCCGCUCUGUAGCCCGACGUCAGUCGCUGGCUACCACCGAUCCCUCAUCCCUCUUGCGGGAUCGCAACACCACCUUCACACGCAGUUUCUGCUCACCAGCUUCUGCGAUUGUGCUGCUCCGGGGGCAAUUGAGUUUGUUGACUGCAAACAGAGUGCUUCUUAGUCCAUUGUGCAACGGCGCAAAACCUCAUAGGACCUUGUCCUCAAAACUCUUGCAUCGUAAGCAGAUGGCAGGAUUCGGCGAGCCGCUAGAUGGCGCCACUUUCCCAGCGCUUGGGGCCGCGAGCGUGCAGCUCACACCUGCUGGCCAGUCUGAUGAUCGACGCACUGCAGCAGGUACCUUUGCUGGCAGUCUGCACGAAAGCAUGGCCAGCACUUCGAUUUCAGAACAGGGUUCGCUGUCCGGGGGUGUACGCCACGGCCGGGGGAAUGCUCCCGGCACGAGCGCGACUUACAUCGCGUCUCGUAGAACCACUCCUGGGACCAGUCAUUUAGAAUCAGGUUCUGGUGGGUUAGUGUCUGGGUUAGAGAAAACGGGCGCCCCGGCAGCCACAGGAAAAGGCUGGGACAGGAAAGGGAAAGACGCUUUGGUGGCAGAUGAGGGGGAACUAGAGGCGGCAGGAUUUUCUGGCGGCAGGCGCGGUGCUGGGGCCAGGGGGAGAGGCGAGGGGCGGGGGGGGUCAGGAGGGGGCCGCGGCAGGGGCGGAGACCAGAUCGAGAACCUGGGGCGAAGCUUAACCCAGAUCCUGCGGCACAGCGCGCUCGAGCACGGGUUGGCGAUGCGGCCCGACGCCUUUGUUCAAGUCUCUGAGAUCCUGCAUUUGCAGAAAAAGACGCGCAGUGGCCGCUCGCUGAGCAGUCACUCCGAAGAUGACGUGAGGCAGGCGGCAGCACUGGAUAAGAAGGGUCGGAUGGAGCUGCGGGAAGAAGGAGGGGAGCUGUGGAUCCGUGCAACCCAGGGCCACUCCAUAAAGAUCAUCGAAUCCGAGGCACUGCUUCGCUCGGUCACUUCUGCAUCUGAAGUUCCAGUAUGUGUUCACGGAACAUACACCCGGUACCUGGACGCAAUCUUCCGGGAGGGGCUCAAGACCAUGAAACGUAAUCACGUCCACUUUGCGAGCGGGCUUCCGAAGGAGGAUGGCGUCAUCAGCGGAAUGCGGACGACGUGCGAGGUGCUAAUUUUUUUGGACGUGGAAAAGGCCUUACAAGAUGGCAUGAAACUCUGGGUGUCGACCAACGGUGUCAUCUUGACGGAGGGGCUCGACGGAACCGUGCCAAAGCAAUAUUUCAAGGAAGUGUGCACAGUGAGGGGGAGGCAGAAUAUCCCGAUUCCCCCUUAACAAUGUAAAAGCCCGUCAGGCAAUGUAGAUUGACAGGGUACUGGAACAUUGAGGACGUAAAGCUCUCUAUCCAGAUACAAGCGCAUGAACGUCGGGGCGGCUCCGUAUCCAUGUCUAUCUCCUUCCCCGGGACCCCGGCUCAUGAGAUUUUGAGAAGUACUAUUCAAAUUGAA